AUGAAGUUUGGCGAGACCUUCGCGCAACGGUCGGUUCCAGAAUGGGCGGCAUUCAACCUCAAUUACAAUGGGAUCAAGGAUGUCAUCAAACGGAACACCUCCAACAACUUAAAUCAUGGCGGCCCCGUCAACAUCCCCCAGCAAGGCAAGAGCCGCUGGGAAGACUCGGACCAGGCAGUUUUCGACAUCUUGCGAGAUCAGUACGAUAACAUCAGUCUCUUCUUGCGCAUGAAACAGGGAGAAAUCGACCGCCGACUCAUCGUCCUCAAGAAGCAGAUUAUCUCGCUCCGAACAUAUGCCGACGAGAGAGCUUUCGCAGGCGACGUCGUGGCAUCCAUGCAUGGUCGCAAGCAUCGGAGACUGUCCAAAGAGAUCGAGGAGCUCGGAGACCUAAUCCAAAAGGUUGCUCGGUUUGCAUCGGCUCAGAAAAUCGCCUUCAGGAAGCUUCUCAAGAAGUAUACCAAAUGGACGGGAUGUACCUCAUUGCAAACCCGCUCUGAUGUCGAAGUAUUCUCGUCCAACCAGCUCAAGACCGAUUACUCCAAUUAUCUACAGGAACUGGCCAACCUUCGAUCUAUCCUCGCCGAAGAGCUGGCGGGGCCUAUGCUUAGAAGGCAGCAGGUUGAACGACUGUCCAGACAGCAACAGGAGGAUGGAACUUCCACCACGAGCACCCGGUCGCUGAUCGCCCAGAUCAACAACUCCAUCAAAGCCGCGCCUUCAGCUUUCGAUGCCGCUAUUAUGACAGUGCCAUAUGGUGAGGCUGCUGGCAGUGCCAUGUACUGGAUCCAUCCAGAUAAUAUCGACGAAGCACGUGCCCUUCUACACAGGAAUAUGAAGAGAGUCGAUCCAUCCUCUUCCUCGCCAUCACGAGCAGCUUCACAAGAAUCCCUCUUAUCGGAGAAUGGCCUGUCUGCGCCACUUUCGAGUGAUUCAAGGACUCACAUGGUCUUUUUCGACAAUGCACAGAGAUUUGUUGCCGACGCAAGCACUGCAAGGCCAUCAAAAAUAGCUUUGAGCGCCCACUGGACCCGCAAUAAGAAUGCAGCGGUUACCCUCGCUGGACUCUCACCAAGUUCAUCCGGUGAACAAACCAUCCUAGUCGAUCGCGAAGACCUCCCCAUCGCCUUGAAUCGAGAAUUAGGCCCCAAGAACGACGCCAAAGCCACAACCGUUGUUCAGCAUUAUCUGGUCGAGCACAGGGACGUCAAGCCCUUGGCUCAAGUCCAAGCCAAUCGUACCCGCUACGUUGGAAUGACCAACACCGCCGAUGUCGCAAACUGGGCGACUUUGGAUUCCUCAAUCAUGGUUGGUGCUGUAGAUAUGCAACAGCUUAGUAAACUACAACAGGUUUGUCAAGGGAGCGAAGCCUUCCCCUACGCCGUGUUGCAUAUCCGCUGGGAGUUCGCUCGAAUGCCUGCUGUUGUCCGUGCAUUUGAUGAGUCGUACUUGGCAUACAGAGUCCACGACUUCACCAUCGAGGACAUGGCCAUCCGCAAAGUGCAAAAAGACCUUCUUCGUCCAUCAUGGCAACAUCUUCUAGACCUCGAUAUCACCAAACUGCCUCUGCCGCAUGCACCCAGCUUUAACCGACUCAAGACCACUACGCGGAUGAAAAUCAAUGCAAGCGACACGAGAGGGACGUCCUCAGGCCCAUCCUCAAGCGAGGGCCAGUCAGAUAGUGUCUUUUCUACAGGCACCCAAGGAAAUUCUUCUGCGACAUCUGAAGAAACUCGGGCGCUUGCACUCAGUUCCCCAGAGGAGCCGAGCUCGAAGCCAAAUCACAAAGCACGAAAGAAGCGGGCACGAAUUGUCAUGCUAGAGCCAGAACCCAGGUUCAGAUACUGGAACGAAUUCGACGACGGCGAUUCAGACGUCCACCCUCAGGAGUCGUAUGCCAUCUACGUCGAUCCUAACGAGCCUACUUUCCCAGGGCUUUCCGAAGCAUGGAAAUCCAUCAGGACGUCAUGGCCGUUGAAAUGGAUUAUCGCCGACAAGGGAUCAUCGGAUGAACGGACACCAUUGUUGUAUGGCGAAGAUACCUCUUCCAUCGAAUCGUCCGAUUCUGAUUCCUUUGUUGAGGCGCAACAGCAACAGCUCCGCCGGGGGUUGGUCUGGGGUUUGGUUGGUGGAGUGGCCAUCAGUUUUCUUAUCGGCGUUGCAGUUUUGGCCUUUUGCAUAUUUGGCCUGACAUGA